AUGUACGAAGACCAGCGCUCGACGGUUCUCGCCGUGGAUAACCUGAACGGUGCGAAGGUUCUGGACAGGACCCUGCGCGUGGACCACGUAAAGAAUUACAAACAGCCGAAGGAUAAGGGAGAAGACGGCGAACUGCAUGAGCGCGAAGAGCAGAGUCUCAAUGCGAAGCCAGAGCUGAUCCCCCUGACAUUAUCUCUAGACGUGGAUGAUGUGUCCGAGUCAUCUGAAGAUGACGGACCUCCAAUCGACCCCGAGGACCCUAUGUACGAAUAUCUGGUUGCCAGACGCAAGGAGGAAAAGGCCCUUAAAAAGUCGAAGAAAGGCAAGUCCAAAUCCAAAUCGAAGGCCAAGCACAAAGAUGAGACUCCGGAGGAACGGCGAGCUCGGAAGGAACGUAAGAGGCUGCGCAAGGCCAUGGGAAAAUCAGAGGGCGUGAGGGCCGUCGAGGAGCUACUUGCUUCGUUCCAGGACACGCAUGCAGAACGGGGGAACAGUUUCAACAGUCGUUCUCCUCCCAGGCGAAGGGACAUGUCACGGAAAGGCGAAGCCCAUCUAGAGACCGGUCACCGGCUCGGGAUGAACGCGACUCUCGCAGAAGAUAUUCACCACCACGUUCACCACCGCGCAGGGAUAGAGAUGCGGACAACGGACGUGGAGGAAGUCGAUAUGAUGAGAUGA